UCGCUGACUCAUAGAAUGUACUCCAAAGAAACUUUGUAUUUUUACAAUUUUUUAAUUAUUGUUGCUUGUUUCAUAAUAUUGAUUUUGCCAUAUAAUUUUUCCCUUUCACUUAAGUAAUUAUAUCCCUUCAUUUGUGACAAGCAUAUAGAACUAUUGGUGUUUGUAAACAAGCAGUGAAAAUUAAUGAAAAUGAUGAUAAACUUGUCUUAAUACAGAACUUUUCUUUAUUAGGAAGAAGUAUCGAUAAACAUGAGUAACAUUUACAUACAAGAACCACCCACUACGGGUAAAGUGAUGAUGAAAACAACAGUUGGUGAUAUUGAUUUAGAAUUAUGGACAAAAGAAGCUCCCAAAGCAUGUAGAAAUUUUAUACAAUUGUGUAUGGAGGGAUAUUAUGAUGAUACUAUUUUUCAUAGAAUUAUUAAAGGGUUUAUAGCACAAGGUGGUGAUCCAACGGGUACAGGUGAAGGAGGUGAAAGUAUAUAUGGACAGCCAUUUAAGGAUGAAUUUCAUACAAGAUUACGUUUCUGCCGGCGUGGUUUGCUUGCUAUGGCUGGUGCUGGCAAAGAUGAUAAUGGUUCUCAGUUUUUUUUUACUUUUGGUCCUACACCAGAAUUGCAGAAUAAGCAUACUAUCUUUGGUAAAGUUACUGGAGAAACUGUAUAUAAUAUGCUAAAACUUGAAGAAGCACUUGUGGAUGAAAAUGAUAGACCUCUUUAUCCUCCAAAAGUUAUAAAGACAGAAAUAUUAAACAAUCCAUUCUCUGAUAUUGUACCAAGAGUAACAACGACAAGUGAAGAAAUAAAAGAUAGUACAAGAAGUAAAAAAACAGGAGUGAAAAACUUUAAUCUUUUGUCUUUUGGAGAAGAAGCAGAAGAAGAUGAGGAAGAAUCUGUGACACUGAAUAAACAGUUGAGUGGUAAAAGCAAGUCAGCUCAUGACAAUUUAACUGAUCCAAAAUUAAGCACUCAAACAGCUGUUGAACCAGCUGGUCCUCCGAGUAAAAAAAAGAAAGAAGAUCGCAGUAGUGAUUGGGAAAGCGAUGACGAAGUAAAAACUACAGAAGAAUUAGAAACUAUAAAGAAGGAAAAAGAUGCAAUGAAGGAAAGAAUAAAAAGUAAAUUAAGAGAAUCAAAGAAAGACCCCAAAAAAGUCGAAACUUAUAAAGUAGACGAUGUUGAAGGUGACAAAGAUGAAGAAGAAUAUUACCUCGGAAAAGAUAGAGAUCUAGAACGCAAAAGAAAGGCGGAGGAAAUAAGAAAAGAAAUUCGAGACUUGAAACGCGAUGUUAAAAACGAGAAGAAAGCUAAAGAAGCCGAUAAAAAGAUCCAACAGGAACAAGAAGAAAAGAAGGAGAAGAAAACGGAAGUUAUGAAAAAAUAUAUCGAAACUCAAGAGAAGUAUAAGGAAGCAAAGUUAAAAAUGCCUAAAAAGGGUAAAAGCCGUGAAGAUUUCACAAUGGCUCUAUUAAAUAAAUUUAAAUCUAAGCUUCAGAACGCUAAGGAAGUUGUAAAAGAAAAAUCACCAGGAUCGCCAAAAGCGGAAGAUGGUAACGAAGAAGAUUUUGAUCCAGCUGAUGAAUCUUGGAUGGUACAUACAUUGCAAUGCGAAGAAAAAGUACCAAUUCUGGCUAAGGAUGCAAGUACAAAAGAUGAUGAUUGGUUUGAAAUUUAUGAUCCUCGAAAUCCACUUAACAAACGACGAAGAGGAGAAAAGUCAUCCAACUCAAGGGACGAUAGAAAUAGACGAAACGAUUCUCGUCAAGAGAGUACGCGUCCGCGAGACUGGGAGCCUCGUAGGUUGCAGUACAAGGUGCCACUGAGACUCUUACGAUUAUGUGUAUUGGGAAUGAUCCUUCCUUCUAUACUAGUAGCAGGACCGAUGUAUUUGCGAUAUCGUGUUUAUUCCGAACAACUCUAUCCUCUAAGUGUCUCUGAUCAGAGACUGAUCGACGCAAAAGUGUCCACCACUUGGUGCCAGCGACAAGUGAUCAAAGUAAACGCGACUUUUAACGCCUAUUUGAUGAACGACGAGCCAAAAGUGAAGAGUGAGGUGUUUCCUGUGUCUAUGACCAGACACUUGAUCCUGGAGGACGACAUGAAGGAAUAUUGGGGGUUUUAUCUUCUUCGUGGUAGCACGGUCACUGUUUCUACUUGUGUAAGAUGGCCUGGUGCAUCUCUGACGAUUAUUCGUGGACAUAAACAUCUUCACGAAUGUGCCUUCAUUGGGGAUGAUAGCAGCGAAGAGUUGGAAGAGCUACUGGAAAUUGCUAAAGAGAAUGGACUUCUUACUGUUAAUGGGACUGAUGAGCGCGAAAGUCCUAGCAACGAGCCAGAGAAGAUGAAGAGGGCUCACCAAGGGGUUCAAUUCCAUCACAAGGACCACGCUAAUCUCUUCAACAGCUCAAAACAUCUUACCAAUACCCUGAACCAUCAUUACAACAGUCAUGAAUUGGAUGCCAAAGCUAUGAGAGCGAUUCUCAGUGAAUUAUUCGCUAAAACUCUGGACACGAAGAAGAAGCAAAAGGAGAAUCCUCAUCAUCAUUACGAAGGUACCUUCGUAGAAGUCGACAAUAUUGAUAAACCACCUACUCAAUAUUCAUCAGAUUUAAAAGACCAAAAGACGAAAACGAAUAAUCAGAUGGAGAAUAAAUUGAUAGAAACUUUGGAGGAGGUUUUAAAAAAACAUGAAGCUUCUGAGAAAGUAGCUUUACCUAGUAUCGUGAAGAAUCAAGGAGAAAUAUUGGAGGUGCAUGGUAAACUUGAACAUGGAAGUGUUGAGAAGAAUCAGACAGUUAAAAAAAAGAUGAUUAAUGAACCACCAGAGCCUACAUCUGCAGAAGUGUUCCAGGAUGUUCUAAAUAAAAUUAAUUCUCUGGGUUUUCGUGGUAAGAAGAUUCUAAAGAAGUUGAUGGAUGAGAUCGAAGAGAAAGGUCCUGAAGGUGAAACAUUACGAAGAGUUGUGAAUGAAACGAUGAAUAAUAAAAAAUUGUCAGAUGCUGAGAAGCUUAGAAGACGAAGAGAUUUGAUUUUGUCCUCGCCUCUUAAUAAGGAGUUGAAUGAAGAUGAUGAAGACGACGAUGCUGCCAUUGAAGAGGAUAUGUUGCACCCAGAUGGAAUAGCCGAAGACAGAGGCACAGUGAACGAGACAACAUUAAACGACAGAAGUAAUUCGGAAUUCUGGAGCUCUUUCAGCAGUUCCGAAGAACGUCUUCUCGAUUGCAAAGGGUUGAUCCUAAAUUUACCCUUAACUCCCCAUCGGCAUUGUACUCCGAAACACGAAAAGGAACACUCAGCCGCUUCGUUUGCCAACACGGUUACGUACAGAGUACCCAUGAACGGAUACUAUUUCUUCGUCUUCAACUCUGAGAACGAGAUCCAACCCAACUAUCUGCGGGUACGUUUCGACUUGCUGAAAACAGUCUACAACAUCUCGAAUCCGGUUCACGCCUGUCAGAACAGUACAAGCGAGUGUUCUUUACCGUUCAGAAUUUUUAGUAACGAAAGAACUGUUUUGGAAUUGCCAUUGAGCGGCAAUGAUUCACAGUGGAACGAAGAAUACGUGGUGGUAUCAACGUGCGAGCCUAGAACAUCUGUUUACUUGCUCUGCAUUAUAUCGGUACCUUUACUCAUCCUCCUAUUUGCUUUUCACUGACAAUCGCUUUGAAUCAGUAUAAGAUGAACAACAGUAUUCAGAUCUCCAAGAUGGUGAACGAUGAUCACUUGUAAAUAUUACUUAGCUUCAAGGCGAACAAAGUGGAAGAACAAUGCGUUUGUCACGAUUACGAUUGCUCAACAGUAUUUGAAUUGGCAGAGGAAAAUAGUGAGGUUUUACUUGAUAAUGAAAAAUUGUAUUAUUAAUGAGUUAAAGAAAAAUUCACGUUUCAAAAAAAUAUUGAAACAUCUGAUAAUGACAGUCUAGGUUUAAGUGUACUAUGUGAUAUGUACUUUUGAAGGUAAUUAGUAUUUAGUCGCUUGUUUGAAAAUACGCUUGAUAGAUUUCUUUUUAUAAGUUGUUUGGGAUAUACUAAUAGAUUAGGAUCAAUUGAUACUCAUCUCUUACGUCAACGAAGAGUUAAAAGUUUUUCUUUUGCUAUCAAUUAAAAAUAUCUCCACUU